AUGGACCAAGAGGCUGAAGAAGUGCUGGGGAAACGAAGGUCUGCAGACAUGAGAGCUGAGCUAGCAAAGCACAGGAAUUAUUCACCACACCUUGAUAACGCCUACGUGCACCUCGCUAUCGUCAUCCAGGAUCUGAAGAGUAGCCUGUUCGAACGUUUGGGUCGCGCUGGGCACCACGUCGUACAUGGACGCACUUGCGACUGCCUACACAACACAGCAGUCACCAUCCUGACCCAGCUUGCCGACCAACGAGUCAACGUCAACGCACGCUUCACCUCCCGUGAGUUGUGUAACUCCAUCUCCUCGUAUUCGCUGUCAGUCGAGGGCGAGCACAUUUCAUAUCCCGUGUCAGUGGCCGCAGAGCAGAAACCAGAGGCACUUUCGAACGACGUGCUGAAGUUGAAGAAGGGCCGAAUUCACCUGUCGUGCAUCAGACGCGGCAAUAAGACCGAGGACUGUGCGGACCGCGCCACUGUGGACCGAGGAGUUCGAAGACUUGGCUUAGACCACGUCGCCGGCCGAAAUCUGGGCUGGAAGCAAUGGGAAAUGACUGAAAGCCCCAUUUUCAUGCUGCCUCGCACAUAA